CUGUGUAGCUUUGCGCCUUUCCUGGAUCUCGCUCUGUAGACCAGGCUGGCCUCGAACUCACAGAGAUCCGCCUGCCUCUGCCUCCCGAGUGCUGGGAUUAAAGGCAUGCGCCACCACCGCCCGGCUCUGUGAGUGGAUUCUUAAGAGACAGGGAGGAACCUCUUACUAGCCACAGAGUUGGGACUCCUCUGUGUGCAUCUAAGUGAGAGGUAUGGUGAUAUAUUGUGUACCCUAAUAAACUUGUCUGAGGAUCAGAGGACAGAGCCAGCCACUAUAUUAGACAAAGAGGCCAGGCAGUAGUGGCACACACCUUUAAUUCUAGCAUUCAGGACGCAGAGAUCAGUCUGGAUCUCUGUGAGUUCAAGGCCACACUAGGAACAGAGCCAGGCAAUGGUGGCACAUAUCUUUUUUGUUGUUUGCUGUGGGAUGUUCUGUAUGGCAAAUGUGUUGCUGAUUGGUCAAUAAAUAAAACACUGAUUGGCCAUUGGCUAGGCAGGAAGUGUAGGUGGGACAAGGAGGAGAAUAAAUCUGGGAAGUGGAAGGCUGAAUCAGAGAGACACUGUCAGCCGCCAUGAUGAGAAACAGCAUGUGAAGAUGCCGAUAAGCCACGAGCCAUGUGGCAAGGUAUCAAUUAAUGGAAAUGGAUUAAUUUAAGCUGUAAGAACAGUUAGCAAGAAGCCUGCCACAGCCAUACAGUUUGUAACCAAUAUAAGUCUCUGUGUUUACUUGGUUGGGUCUGAUGGCUGUGGGACUGGCAGGUGAGAGAGAUUUAUCCUGACUGUGGGCCAGGCAGGAAAACUCUAGCUACAGUUGUUGUUGUUUAUUUUUAUUUAUUUAUUUUUAUUUAUUUUUCUAUUAUCAGCUUGAUACAGUAUAAAUUCUUAUCCUAAUAGUGAGAGUGAAAUGUUUCACUGAGGCUUGCCCAGUGAUUGAGUAAAACCAAAACUUAUUAUACGCCACAGUCAUCCUAGGGUCCCCCCUGCUAUGUAGCCUCCCUAGUUCUGUGGGUUGCAGUCUGAUUGUUCUUUGCUUUAUAUCUAGUAUCCACUUAUGAGUGAGUGAGUACAUACCAUGUUUGUCCUCCUGGGUUUGGGUUACCUCCCUCAGGAUGAUAUUUUCUAGUUCCAUCCAUUUGCCUGCAAAUUUCAUGAUGUCAUUGUUUUUCUCUGCUGAGUAGUACUUCAUUGUGUGUAUGUACCACAUUUUCUUAAUCCGUUCUUCAGUUGACGGGUGUCUAGGUUGUUUCUAGGUUCUGGCUAUUACGAAUAGUGCUGCUAUGAACAUAGUUGAGCAUGUAUCUUUGUGUAUGAUUGAGCAUUUCUUGGGUAUAUGCCCAAGAGUGGUAUGGCUGGGUCUUGAGGUAGAUUGAUUCCCAAUUUUCUGAGAAACCGCCAUACUGAUUUCCACAGUGGUUGUACAAGUUUGCAUUCCCACCAACAGUGGAGGAGUGUUCCCUUUGCUCCACAUCCUCUCCAACAUUGACUGUCAUUAGUGUUUUUGAUCAUAGCCAUUCUGACAGGUGUAAGAUGGCAUCUCAGAGUCAUUUUGAUUUGCAUUUCUCUGAUGAUUAAGGAUGUUGAGCAUUUCUUUAAAUGUCUUUCAGCCAUUUGUGAUUCUUCUUUUGAGAAUUCUCUGUUUAGCUCUUUAGCCCAUUUUUUAAUUGGAUUGUUCAGUAUUUUGAUAUCUAGUUUCUUGAGUUCUUUAUAUACUUUGGAGAUCAGUCCUCUGUCAGAUGUGGGGUUGGUGAAGGUCUUUUCCCAUUCUGUUGACUGUCUUUUUGUCUUAUUGACCGUGUCUUUUGCCCUACAAAAGCUUCUUAGUUUCAAGAGGUCCCAUUUAUUAAUUGUUGUGCUCAGUGUCUGUGCUGCUGGUGUUAUAUUUAGGAAGUGAUCUCCUGUGGGUGGCACAUACCUUUAAUCCCAGCACUUGAGAGCUCAUUCCUUUAAUCCCAGGAAAUAAUAUGGUAGGACAGAGAAAGGUAUAUAAGGUGUGAGGAAACAGGAACUCACUCUCUUUAGGCUGAGGAUUUCUUAGAGGUAAGAACUUGUGGCUGGCUGUUCUGCUUCUCUGAUCUUUCAGCUUUCACCCUGAUAUCUGGCUCUGGGUUUUUAUUAAAAGAUCACCUAAGAUUCGAACAAGAGAGGAGGCAGUGGCUAUGGAGGAUAAGUGGAGGGCAUCUAGGGUUGGUAGGGGCAGGCAGCGGCUGCCAGUUGGGUGGUUAGAGGGGUCCACAGUUCCUCUAGGUCCCUAGGGGUGGGUACUCACGGCUUUUCCAGUUGCUGGCUUCUGUCUUCUAAUGUUUCUGAAAUAGCCAGUAUGUAAGAACCUGUAUGUUGUUUAAGGCAUAUCAAGACUUGGCCAAGGAAAGAGGUGAGGUUUCAUGGCCUUUUUACACAGGUUUGAGCCUUAGCUGCUCAGGGGCCUGAGGCAGGAAUAUCCCAAGUUUAAAGCCAGCCUUUGCAAAUUAUUGAAACUCUUGUCUCAAAGCCCACUCCCCCCAACCCACCCCGUAAAAACCCACAGCUGAACGGAAAGGCCCCAGGGGUGAAAAAGUUGAUUCAGAUGACAACAGCAUACAGCCCCACAGGCGAAUUCAAAAACCAAGCUGUUGGGCGCACGCAGCCUGGGACGACAGUUCAGCAGGCAGGGUAAGAGGCAGCCGGCAGGUGAGGUGGAGGCGGCACUUUGUAGUGGAGCUGCCUACCUCCUUUCUUCCCUUGGCUAGGGGAGGAAAGGAGCCCCAGGCGGCAGUUCCAACCCCUCAGGGUUGUUUCAGAACAGUCCAGUACAAAGGACUUCAUUUUUUCCUCCCACCUGCCGCAGCUUGCCCCUCCCCCAGCACAGCCCUCCUGUGCUGAAUCCUCUUAGAUUUUGUGCUUGAAGAACAACCAGGAAACUGAAAAGUUUCCGGGUGUGAGUGCUGUGCAGGGACUCGGUUUCGGGCAGUGUUGGGAAAUUCCACUUCAUUUCUUCCGGCUGCUCAGAGCCCCUUCAAGCACCCAGCAGGAGGCCACAAUCAUGGCAGGUCCAAGACACCCAGUAUCAGCGCAUGCGGUAGCCCUGGUGCAGAUGGAGCGACUCCAGACAUUUGCCUUCUCCGUGCGCUGGUCAGACUGCAGUGACUCCUCUGUUCGCAGGAGCUGGGAGGAGUUUAGGCGGCUCCAGAAGAUCCUUAAGAAAACCUUCCCAGUGGAGGCGGGCCUGCUCCAGAGAUCUGAACGAAUUCUUCCCAAGCUUCCUGAUGUUCCACUGCUGACUCGUCAGGGGCGUACUGGCCGAGGCCUGGUACGUUUGCGGCUGCUGAACACCUAUGUACAGGAACUGCUGGCAAGCUCAGAGCGAGUAUUGAGGAGCGCAGCACUCAAUGACUUCUUUGCACCCAAACCUCUGGAUCUGGAGCCCACACUGCCUCCUGGCAGCCUGGUGAUCCUGCCCACACCAGAGGAGCCCUUAUCCCAACCUGCAAGCAGUCUUGCCAUUCAUAGCCUGGAGGCUCAGAGCAUGCGCUGUUUACAGCCUUUUUAUACCCGUGACACAAGAGACAGACCUUUCCACACACAGGCUCAAGAAAUUCUGGACGUAUUACUACGACAUCCUUCAGGUUGGUGGCUGGUGGAGAACAAGGAUCAGCAGACAGCCUGGUUUCCAGCUCCCUACCUGGAGGAGGUAGCCCCAGGCCAGGCCCAGGAGUCAGGCCUGGCUUUGCAAGGCAGUGGGACGCAGUUCUGUGCUACCCAGGCCUAUGAGGGCAGUCACACCGAUGAGCUAUCAGUGCCUGCAGGGGCACGUGUGUGUGUGCUGGAAACCUCCGACCGAGGCUGGUGGCUGUGCAGGUACAGUGGCCGGGUAGGCCUGUUCCCAGCAGUGCUGCUGCAGCCCGAAGGGCUGGGCUCCCUCCUGGGCAGGCCAGGGCCCCCAGCCGGUGGAAGGGAAGUCAAGGUGGCCAAGGGCAGGACUGCUCCCCCUGUAGUGCCAACUCGGCCCUGUCGGAGCGCCAUCCAGAGCCGAUGCUGCACCGUCACCCGCAUGGCACUGGGACAGGAAAAGAGCCCCAGGGUCCCCCCUGAGGAUUUGUGCAGCCCUGCAGAGAGAUUGUAUUGUCAAUCCCAACCACAGGCAAAGUAGGGAACCAGACCUGCCAAGGGAGCAGGAUAGGGUGGGGCUGGAUGGCUGACAGGGUCAAGGGGCAGCAACUUCCCAUUUCCUCUAAAUAAAAGUGGAAUGACUUCA